GCUAUCUAGUACCAUGUUCAUUCAUAAGUAUCUAUUCGUUUGCAUUGUUACUUUCAGCCAAAUAACUUACCUUUAUGUUCAUUACCAGAUGGUUGGAUAUCACUCAAUACAAUACCUUUAAGUGAAAACGUCAUAUGGACCUCGAUCUCCUUGAUGGGAGUUGGGGGGCGGGGGAUGUAAACAAGGGAGGACGAGUAGUAGUAAUUUUCGUUUGGGGGGGAGGUAUAGGACUACUCACCCAAACUGCCUCGCUAGUCAUGGCGUUGCGGGCUCGGUGCAAGCAAGUUCUGGAACUGUAUCUUACAGCUUGUUGGUCCACCCUAGUUCCUCCCACAGUUUAUGUAUACAUUGCAAACUAAAUUACUUUUCAUUGUGUGUUUACAAACGCCUUCGGUGAGGAAAAAACAGUAAACUAAACCCGCAAGUUGCUUGCUUGCAAUACGACCUCGUAAGGCAUGCAACAAGGACUGCUUCAGUGCAAGGAAGCCUCAGAAAAUUCUUUCAGUCAUGUCUCUGAUAGAGGGCCCUCACAAGAGGGUUAACAUGGCAAAGGAGCUCUCCGAAGUCCUGACGAAGAAGACUGAUGUACUGGAAGCCAAUCUGGAUAACUUGUUCCUCAUAAUGGCUGGUCUAUUCGUGUUCUUUAUGCAAUGCGGAUUUGCCUUCCUGGAAGCCGGUUCUGUGAGAUCCAGGAACACCACAAACAUUCUGAUGAAGAAUAUGCUGGACGUUUUCAUAAGCGGCGUCGUGUACUGGCUCGUGGGCUACGCCUUGGCAUUCGGCGAGGGUAAUGGCUUCUGCGGCGUGGAAUUCUGGGCAAUGGUGGGCGUGACCGACGAAAAAUUGGCGUUUUGGUUUUUCCAGUUUGUGUUCGCUGCUACGGCCGCUACGAUCGUGUCUGGGUCCAUGGCUGAGAGGUGCGCUUUCGGUGCUUAUUUUGUCUACUCCACAGCAAUCACAGGAUUCAUAUAUCCCAUUGUAUCGCACUGGGCGUGGUCUACCGACGGCUGGCUGGUCGAUUCUGGAUAUCAGGAUUUUGCUGGCUCAGGCGUCGUGCACCUGACGGGUGGAGUAGCGGCGCUUGCCGGAGCUGUCAUCCUCGGCCCUCGUAUAGGACGUUUUGGGCCAAACGGGAAGGAGAUACGCGGGCAUUCGUUACCUCUCUCAGCCAUGGGAGGAUUCAUUCUCCUCUUCGGAUUUCUGGCUUUUAACGGGGGUUCUCAGGCCUCCAUAAGCAAGGAAGGAGACUCGGCUUCUGUGGCGAGAGCGAUCGUCAGCACAGUGUUAGCAGGCUGCGGUGGUGGAAUCACUUCGCUCUUCCUCUACCGUACCGGUAUUUUUGAGCCUAUGAGCAAGUGGUCGUUCCUCGUGACCCUCAACGGAGCUCUGACUGGAAUGGUGUCAAUCUGCGCUGGUUGCAACGUGAUCAAGCCCUGGGGAGCUUUUGUGACGGGCGCUAUUGCUGGAUUUAUUUUCCUCAUUAUACACAUCGUCCUGCCAAAACUUCAAGUCGAUGACCCUUUGGAUGCUACGGCUGUCCACUUGGGUGGGGGACUCUGGGGGCUAGUGGCAGUUGCUCUCUUCCAGGACGAUGGAAUCGUACACGGUGGGUCGCUGGAAGUCUUGGCAUGGAACAUGGCAGGAGCUUUAGCCAUUAUGAGCUGGACAGGGGGCCUUUGCGUCCUCAUAUUUGGACUUCUGAGGCUCAUGGGACUUCUCAGAGUACCUGCUGAGAUGGAGGAGCAAGGUUUGGACAUCCUGAAACACGGGGAGCCGGCUUACCCCGUCGAGGCUUGGCAAGAAGCUCAGUACAGCAACAACCCUGCAAAGGCAGAAGAGAAGCAAAAAGAUCUAAACCUGCCUCCAAAUAUGACCUGGAACAACAGCUGGUCUGGCUACCAGGCACCAUACCCAGGACCCGCUAUGUGCUGGACGCUGCCGAACGCCCGCAGAUCUCGCCACCCGGCCCAUUUCCACCAGAGCUUCGCCCUCAGAAUCAAUCAGUUCUACCCAAACGACGGCAAUCCAGUGUACGACCCUCCCGCGAGGAUAGCGGGUGACGAAGGAGAGGAGGAGAGAGAGAGAGAGAAUGGGGUUUACGGGACACCUACCAAGUCCUUGGGGUAUAUAGUAGAUGACGGGUAUUACGGACACGCUAAGCUGUGAUGGACGAACGAACUUAUAGUGGCGUGAUGCAGUCUCGUAAGUGAAUGUGGGUGAAUGUGAGAGGUCAUGUUUGAGCUUGGAUGAAUAUGCAGAUGUUUAGAUAUGAUACGAUAACAGAAAAAUUGCAGAGGUAAAUGACUGCAUACACUUUUACACCGUACCACAACAGCAAAGUAUUAAUAGUUGCACAAAUACUGCAUGACUCAAUUUAAUUUCUCUCCCUUCAGACGUCUCCUGAAUCUGUCACUCAUUUUUAACUGCUCUUUUUGAUCAAAACGCGCAGAGGUUAAAUUUGGCCAAUGAAGUUAACGUGUUAACUAUACCAGUUAAAUAAUGUAGCAUCUUAGGUUUAAUGUAGCAUCUUAAUGUUUUCAAAGGAUUUCUCCUUGUUAAUUCAGUAACCUAUUGAUCGAAUUCUCUCUCUCUCUCCCUCUCUGUAUGUGUGUGUGUGAGAACAUAAACCACAGUAGGUAUUGAGUUUCUGCUAAGAUGUUAAAAAUGUUAGAUAACUUGAGAUUUACAUGAGUUAACGUUUGUAACCAACUUUUAAAUACUUCUCGAAGUACAACUUAGUUAUUUCAUUGUAUUCCUUUUUUCGUUUAUUUUCUAUUUCAUUAUUUUCUUUUUCUUUUUGGUUUCGGG